AGACAAUAGUAAGCGUCCUCGUUACCAUCAUCUUUUUUUCACAAUCGUAUUUAGAAAAGGUUGCCCAACAUGUCUCGUAUGCGUGCUUUGAUGAAGAACUGGUACUCCGUCGAGGUGUUGCCAAUUUACGUCAUCACAGCUGCAGCUUGCGGUGGUGCAGGCUGGUACCUUUACCGUCUCAGUACCCGUCCAGAAGUUGUAUGGAAUCACAAAGGAAACCCAUACCCAUGGCAAAGCAUUGAACAAGGUACAAAUACAAAGCUCAUGAACGUUAAUCAAAAGUUCGAAAAAGAAUACAAGCGGGACAGAUUUUAAGGAAUUACUUGUUUGCAGUGCCUCCUCUUUCAAUCCAUGCAAUUCACUUCUGAUUCGUUGUGUGAAGUUCUCAAGUCUCAUUUCGAUUCUCAACAACUGUGUAAAGGCGGAAGAGAUCAUACAGGAUAACAACUCCUUGUUGAUACCUUCACAGGUCUUUUUUCGUUGGAAGUGAUUGCUGGUCUGUACAAAUUUAAUACAUUGUUCUCUGCCAUCUUGACUAUCCAUAAGUGUGAUCCUGAGUACAGCGCCAUAUUUCUGAUUAUUG